AAACUUAUUAAAUAGAUCUGAUAAUGGAAACAAGAGGUGAAACAAGAGGUGAGCGGCUGAAACGGAUAAUGGCGGAGAGGUCGCAGGCAACGGCGGUAGAGCAAAGUACAGCCACAGGGCAAAGCUCGAGCGAAACAAGAGAUAUUCAACAAGUGCCCGCCAACGAUUCUCCUCAGCAGCUAGAAAGGGUUGCUCAUGUUGUCUCUACAAGCACUCCUUCAGCAAUGGGUCAACGGGAACGUUUGCAGCGAAUUUUGGAGGCUAGGCUAGCUGGCGAGGGAGCUUCAUCUGGGGUUGACUCUCAAUCCAAUUUGUCCGGACCAUCAAAUGCUCCGAGAUUGCGUGCAGUACCCGAGACAUUGACAUCGCGUGCAGUACUCGAACCAGAGUCAAGUCGGGGCGGAAUCAGUGGCCGGAAACACCCAAGAAGUGGACCAGUCGGAGGGACUAGCACUGGAACUGGAAGCCAAUCGAACAGCGGCAGUGGUCCAGUCAACACUCGGCCGUCAGCUGAGUCAGAAAUAGGUACCCGCAGUAGAGUCCCCAACACAUCACAUUCACCCGGUUCAUCCGGAUCACCAGUUCCAGAACUAACAGAGGGAAUGUCCUCUAUUUCCAUCAUUGACCCCUCGGAGAAGAUGGGAAGGGCUGGAAGGAAGCAGAAUGUGCUGGUGAACUACAUAAAGAUUGACACGCACGCGAAUUCUUUUUUCCAGUACUCUGUCGAGUUCAGACCGAACAUUGACAACGUCAAUCUGAGAAAGCGAGCUGUGAGAUCACAGGAAGAACUACGCUACGCCAACUUCGACGGCAACACAACCCUAUUCUCAAUCAGAAGUAUAGCCAGAUCCGACUACACCUUCACGACACCGAGGGAUAACGAGACGGUAGAAAUUCGACUGAAUGUAGUGCGACAAAUAGGACCAGGGAGCAGACAGAGUUGCGUCAUGCUCAAUAUGAUGUUCAACAAAUUGAUGAGGAUAUUGAACUAUAAAGUGGAGAAGAAGGCUGCUUAUUUGACUUCUAACCCAAUUGUUCUCCACCAGCACAAGAUGGAGAUAUGGCCCGGCUAUGUGAAUACAGUGUCCCAAGUGGACGGGGGUCUGCUGCUUCAAUGUGACGUCUCACAUCGAGUUGUUAGAACGCAGAAUGUCUACGAUCUCAUGUCUGAGAUUUCACAGACGGUGAGACCUGAAAAUUUCCGGGAAAGGGUCGCAAAGGAACUUUGCAGUCAGGUCAUCCUCACGAGGUAUAACAAGAAAACUUACCGAGUAGAUGACAUUGAUUGGGGAAUGAAUCCAUCGAAGACGUUUAAGAAAUCAGACGGGACAGAGAUGUCUUUUUUGCAAUACUAUGAGGAGAACUAUGAUGUGCAGAUAGCUGAUCCCCACCAGCCUCUCCUCAUGAGUAUCAUGAAGAAUAAAAGAAAUCCAGAGAUGCCACCACAAACUAUAUACCUCGUACCAGAACUGUGCUUCUUGACCGGUCUCAGCGACAAAACGCGCGACAACUUUCAGGUUAUGAAAGAGAUCUCGGAACACACGAAACCCAACCCAGUGAACAGAGUGGAUGCACUGAGGAAAUUCGUCCAGAGCAUCUAUGAUGAUCCGAAUGCGAGGCUGGAAAUGCACAAUUGGGGAGUGGAUUUGGCCAGAGAUCCACUGUCGAUGGAAGCUCGAAAUAUAGUUGAAGGUAACUUUGUCCACUUCGCCAACCAAAGAAGACCAAUCAACGCUGAGGUCGACUUUGGCAGGGAUCUUGAUAGAAACCAGUGCAUGGGAGGAGGCGUUUUGCACACAUGGAUAGUGUGCUAUCCCAAGAAGGAGUACAACAGGGCCAAGGAGCUGUUCGGACAGUUGUCGCAGUGUAUGCGCAAUGUGGGAGUUGAAGUGGCAAACCCGGACACUCUUGAGCUAGAUAGGGACAGGGCAGAGGACUAUGUAGCCCAACUUAGAGCCAGGAUGAAACGUGAAACACAGCUAGUCAUGACUGUGUUCAGUACCCAGAGAGAUGACACAUACAAUGCUGUGAAGAAGCUGACCUGCAGUGAGAAGCCGGUGGCGUCCCAGUGUGUGUUGUCGAGGACACUGGGCAAACCACAGAAGCUGAAGAGGAUAGCGCUCAAUAUUGGACUGCAGAUGGUGGCUAAAUUGGGGGGCCAGCUGUGGGAAGUGAAUAUCCCGCCAAAACUACACCGAGCGAUGUUCAUCGGCAUUGACGUAUACCACCAGAAGGCAGGAAAGACAAACAGCGUGGUUGGAUUUGUAGCCACAAGGAACCCAGGAGCCUCGAAAUACUUCUCCCAGACAUUUGACCAGGGCCAGAGAGAGGAAAUAAUGACCAAUAAUUUGAGACAGGCCACAAUAUCUGCUAUCCAAAAGUUCAAAGAAGAGAGUAAAUUUUUGCCCGACUCCAUAGUCGUGUUUCGGGAUGGUGUGGGGGACCACCAAAUGGACAUCGUAAAGGACACAGAAAUUGCAUUGAUGAAACGAGCCUUCUCUGAUAUUUCACCCGAGUACAGUCCUCAUUUUUGCGUCGUAGUUGUCCAGAAGAGAAUAUCUGCGAGGAUUUUUGCAGUAGACAGAAGCGGAAAUAUUGGCAAUGCUCCUCCAGGCACUGUGAUUGACCAUACAAUCACAAAACGGGGCACCCGAGAUUUCUAUCUAGUAUCUCAACAUGUGAGGCAGGGAACCGUUACGCCUACUAGAUAUGUGGUGCUGGAGAACACGCCAGGAGGCGCCAAGGAGCAAGUGUCGUUGGAUAUUGAUACGAUACAGAGUCUGGCCUUCAAGCUGACCUUCCUGUACUAUAACUGGCCCGGAAGUGUCCGAGUUCCAGCUCCAUGCCAGUACGCGCACAAACUGGCUCAACUGGUAGGCAUGAAUAUAGGCAAAUCGGCCCACCAGCAGCUAGAAGAUAAACUCUUUUAUCUAUAAAUGAAAAUGGUCAAAGCCAAGAGAUAAAGUCAAAUACAGAUUCGACAUUUAAAAAAAAAACUUGAGUCAAGUUGACAUGAAACAAAAAUUCAAUAAACUUAUUUAUAACUGCAGUUAUUGUGUUAUUGAUUUAGAUGGAUAAUGUUCAACCCGCAAAUUUAGAAAACUAGAAAUUAGAAAUUCGUUCUAAGAUUUCAAGAGCAAAUUUUAUCAAAAUGCCAACAAAAUAUUUGACCUUCAUUCAAAGCCUACCAUGAAUUUUAUCUAUACUCUUAUUCGCUUACUACUAGAAGCGCCAAAAUUGUGAACUAGAUAUAGUUGUAUUUGUAAUAUUUGAAUGGUAUUCAUGCUCUUCCUCUCAACGCUUAGUUUUUUAUAGAUUUGGGUGAGUUUUAAAAAUGAGUUGUAAAAAUGGAAAAUCAAAAGUUGAAAAAUGGGGUACAUCACAUUAAAUGGUGUUGUAGAAAUUGUGAACUGGUUCACUUCGCCAGUUUGUGGACGCACACUGGGAGGCGUACAUGCUAUACUCGUAAUCCUUAAGCACACUUUCAACAUUUGAUUCUAUACGGGCCUGAACAUUAUGCUUUCAUAAAAUUUGUCAGUUUCAAUGUUCUUAUCGGUAUAAAUGUACCCUGAAUUUUUAGAUUUUAUACGUCUGUUUGUUUUAUUCGUUGUGUAUUUAU